AUGGCAAGCUCGGCUUCCCUGGAGACCAUGGUGCCCCCGGCCUGCCCGCGCGCUGGAGCGUCGCCGGCCACUUCCAAGACGCUGGCCUUCUCCAUCGAGCGCAUCAUGGCUAAGACGUCGGAGCCCCGUGCGCCCUUUGAGCCCCGACCCGGGGCACUGGAGGCGGACGGCGGCCAGGGCAAGAAAUUGCUCAACCUCUGCUCACCGCUGCCCUGUAUGAUCCCCCUCCAGCCCCUAGGCUACGAGGUGCCGUCCAAGACGCUGCUCAGUUACUCUGAGCUCUGGAAAAGCAGCCUCCGGGCGGGCGGCGGUGGUGGAGGAGGAGGAGGAGGAGGAGGAGGAGGAGGCGGCGGAGGCGGCGGCGGCGGCGGCGGGGGGGCCCCGGUGUGCGGCGCCAGCGGCUUGUGCAAAACCAACUGUGGCGUGUGCUGCAAGGCCGAGCUGGGCCUGGCGCCGUCUGCGCUACCCGCGGGCAGGGUCAUCAAGCCGCAGGUCAUCAACCAGGCAGUGGGGCUUCCGGCCAGCGGCUCGCUCUACUACUUCAACUACCUGGACUCUGCCGCGUACCCGCCGUCUGAGCUCCUCGGCGGCCACCUCUUCCCGUCCGGCCUCCUCAACGCACAGGCCCCCGCUGCCCUGGCUGCGCACCCCAAGCUCUUUUUGCUGGAGAACGCCAAGUUGGCCGGCCUGGCCGCAGACAAGUUCCCCCAUCCGGCCCCCUAUGCCCAUAAGGAGCGCUUGCCCGCGCCGCUGGAGCAGGUGCUGAAGGAGAACUCAGCCCUGACCGCCGAGCGCGGCGGCGUCAAGGGCCACAGCAAGCUGCCUGGGGGCUCCGCGGACGGCAAGCCCAAGAACUUCACCUGCGAGGUGUGCGGCAAGGUAUUUAACGCUCACUAUAACCUCACCCGCCACAUGCCGGUCCACACCGGAGCCAGACCGUUCGUGUGCAAAGUCUGCGGCAAAGGCUUCCGCCAGGCCAGCACGCUCUGCAGACACAAAAUUAUCCACACCCAGGAAAAGCCGCAUAAAUGCAACCAGUGCGGCAAAGCCUUCAACCGCAGCUCCACGCUCAACACACACAUUCGCAUCCACGCGGGCUACAAGCCCUUCGUCUGUGAAUUUUGCGGCAAAGGCUUUCACCAAAAAGGCAACUACAAGAACCACAAGCUGACCCACAGCGGCGAGAAGCAGUACAAAUGCACCAUCUGCAACAAGGCCUUCCACCAGGUCUACAACCUGACCUUCCACAUGCACACGCACAACGACAAGAAGCCUUUCACGUGCGCCACUUGCGGCAAAGGGUUUUGCAGAAACUUUGACUUAAAGAAACACGUGCGCAAACUCCACGACAGCGGGGGUCCCACCGCCCCCUGCACAAAGGACCUGACUCGGACAGUGCAGAGCUGA